AUGAUGCUAAACAAUAGAAAUAGACAGAGAAGAAGACAAGAAGCACGACGUCAAUCCCCACCUGAACCAAGUCCAGAAUAUUCUUCUUCUACACCUAUUAAUUUUUCUAAUAAUGUUUCUCCUAUAAAUAUACCACCUAAUAUUCCAUCUACUUCGACUGCUUUCAGAAGAAUUUCUACAACCCCUUCUAUUAAUAUUUCUCCCGGUACCAGACCUAAUUCUGUUAGAAUUUCUCCUACUGUCUCACCUCCCCUUCCUGUUCUACGAUUAAGAUCUCCCAAUCAUUCUCCUCCUCCUCCACCUCCUCCUCCACCUCCUUCUCCACCUCCUUCUCCACCUCCUACUUUAAUAUUACGUUCUCCUCCAGCUUUAACACGCAGACCUUCUCCUUUAAGACUUAGAGAAACAGCAGUUCAACUUUUUCCACAAAGUGGUGAUGGUCCUAGUCCUUCUCCACCACCCCCCUUCGACAAAAUAAAAUUGAAAUACAACGGUAUACCUUCUCCAUACAGGAGAGAAUUUCGAUAUAGAGAAAUACCUAAUAACACAAAUCCAAUUACAAACGAAUUACGCAGAAUAUUAAACGAAUUUUUUGAAAUGGGUAAUAAUACGAGAGAAUUACGGAGAUUAUUAAACGAAUUUUGUGAAAGUGACAGAUCUAAAGCGGCUCUGGAACGUUUUAAAAAUGGUUAUAUGGGUCUAAUGCGACAAGGAAGACCAGUUUCUGCUCCGUUACCGGAUAGAAAUUUCCCCAAUCGAAAUUAUUAUAAUUUAAGAAGAUCAAGUUUCAAUGAAGAUAUACCAGCUCCAAUUCAUAAUAAUAUUCCUGUUCCAGAAAAUUUGAACGAAAUUGAAAUAGACAAUCAUCAAAAUAUUAUUAGUGCGUUAUCAAAAUAUUAA